AUGAACUCACGCAUGGAGCACACCCCCCUGACCCUUCACCUUCAGGCCCAUGCCGCCCUGUCCACCUGCAAGUUGCAGCUGCAGCUGGAUGCAUUAGGUCGCCUCUCCGCUGAUUGGGCGGGCCGGUCACUGCCACUUCCCACCUUCCGUCAUCACCGACGACGCCCCGUCCCGCUUGUGCCGAUGUCACUAUACGAGCACGAUUGA